AUGUCAGGUCUACCACCACCACCGCCCCCGGGCUGGGCACCACCGCCUCCUCCGGGAGCUCCACCAGGCUUCUCAGCCAGCGGCGCACCACCUCCGCCGGGCUACAAACCACAAGCAGACCCGCAAGCUGCGAAGCUGCAAGAGAAGAAGCAGAGAUGGAUACGGCAGCAGAAGCAGCGUUUCGCGGAGAAGCGCAAGGGAGGCUUCGUAGAGACCCAAAAGGCAGACAUGCCGCCUGAGCAUCUGCGCAAGAUCGUCAAAGAUAUUGGAGAUGUGUCGCAAAAGAAGUUUAGCAGUGACAAGAGAAGUUAUCUGGGUGCGCUGAAGUUCAUGCCCCAUGCAGUGCUGAAGCUGUUGGAGAACAUGCCGAUGCCGUGGGAGAGCAGCCGAGAUGUCAAGGUGCUGUACCAUGUCAAUGGCUGCUUGACGUUGGUCAACGAGGUUCCCAGAGUUAUCGAGCCCGUCUUCCAUGCACAAUGGGCGACCAUGUGGGUGGUCAUGCGGCGCGAGAAGAGCGAUCGACGACACUUCAAGCGCAUGCGGUUUCCACCUUUCGAUGAUGAGGAGCCGCCGCUUUCUUGGAGCGAGAACAUCGAAGACGUGGAGCCCUUGGAGCCGAUCCAGAUGGAGCUGGACGAGAACGAAGACGAGCCAGUUUUUGAGUGGCUUUACGACCAUCGCCCACUCUCCGAUACCAGCCACGUCAACGGUCCUAGCUACAAGGAGUGGAACUUGAACAUUUCUCAGAUAGCAACUUUACACCGGCUCAGCAAUCCUCUACUGUCUGAUAUCAACGACCGCAACUACUUCCAUCUCUUCGACAUGCCGGCGUUUGCAACAGCGAAAGCUUUGAACGUCGCCAUUCCCGGAGGACCACGCUUCGAGCCACUCUACAAGGACAUCGAUCCAAACGACGAGGAUUUUGGCGAAUUCAACGCAAUCGACCGCAUCAUCUUCCGUGCGCCGAUUCGCACAGAAUACCGAGUUGCCUUCCCAUACCUGUACAACAGCUUACCACGUAGCGUCAAGCUGGGGACCUACAGCUACCCGCAGACCGUCUACGUAAAAACCGAAGACCCAAGCCUCCCUGCCUUCUACUUCGACCCAGUCAUCAACCCCAUCUCAUCGCGGUCAGUCGCCCCGAAGAACCUCUCAGUCAGCCACGAAGACGAGAUCUUCGGAUACGGCAACAAUGAAGAGCCUGAUGAAGAGGAUGGCGGGUUCAGCCUGCCUGGGGAGGUUGACGCUUUCAUGGAGGAUGAGGAUCUUUUCAAUGACGAGACUGCAUCAGCGAUUGCACUCUGGUGGGCGCCGUACCCCUUCGACAGGAGAUCAGGCAAGAUGGUCCGAGCUCAAGACGUUCCAUUAGUCAAGCAGUGGUAUCUUGAGCACGUACCUCAAGGCCAGCCCGUCAAAGUGAGAGUGUCCUACCAAAAGCUCCUAAAGACAUACGUCUUGAACGAGUUGCACAGGAAGCCGCCGAAAGCACAGAACAAGCAGAACCUUUGCCGAAGCUUGAAGAGCACCAAGUUCUUCCAGCAGACCACCAUCGAUUGGGUGGAGGCCGGUCUGCAAGUGUGUCGCCAAGGUUUCAACAUGCUGAACCUCCUCAUCCACCGCAAGAACCUGACGUACCUUCAUCUUGACUACAACUUCAACCUGAAGCCUAUCAAGACCUUAACCACCAAGGAGCGCAAGAAGAGCAGGUUUGGAAACGCAUUCCAUCUCAUGCGAGAAAUUCUCCGCUUGACGAAGCUCAUUGUCGACGCUCAAGUGCAGUACAGACUGGGCAACAUUGAUGCCUUCCAGCUCGCGGACGGUAUCCUUUACGCCUUCAACCACGUCGGCCAGCUGACUGGUAUGUACCGAUACAAGUACAAGCUCAUGCACCAGAUUCGAUCUUGCAAGGAUUUGAAGCACUUGAUCUACUACCGCUUCAACUCUGGGCCCGUUGGCAAGGGUCCUGGCUGCGGCUUCUGGGCUCCAGCUUGGAGGGUGUGGCUCUUCUUCCUUCGUGGCAUCAUCCCACUUUUGGAACGAUGGCUUGGAAAUCUGCUCAGCAGGCAGUUCGAAGGUCGUCACUCGAAGGGUGUCGCAAAGACUGUGACGAAGCAGCGUGUGGAGUCGCACUUCGACCUCGAGCUCCGUGCCUCCGUCAUGGCUGAUUUGAUGGACAUGAUGCCAGAUGGUAUCAAGCAGAGCAAAGUCAACACAGUGCUGCAGCAUCUGUCAGAAGCUUGGCGAUGCUGGAAGUCGAACAUUCCUUGGAAGGUGCCUGGUCUGCCCAAGCCAAUUGAAGACAUCAUCCUCCGAUAUGUCAAGUCGAAGGCUGAUUGGUGGGUCUCUGUUGCUCACUACAAUCGUGAGCGCAUCAGGAGAGGUGCGACCGUGGACAAGACUGUCGCUAAGAAGAACCUGGGUCGUCUCACUCGACUGUGGUUGAAGGCUGAGCAAGAGCGUCAGCACAACUACCUGAAAGACGGUCCAUACGUCAGCACUGAAGAGGGUGUCGCCAUCUUUACAACUGCUGUGCACUGGCUGGAGAGCCGCAAGUUCCAGCCAAUCCCAUUCCCGUCUGUCAGCUACAAGCAUGACACAAAGAUUCUCAUUCUGGCCUUGGAGAGACUCAGAGAAGCGUACUCGGUCAAGGGUCGUCUGAACCAGAGCCAGCGUGAAGAGCUUGCACUCAUCGAGCAGGCCUACGACUCUCCUGGUACCACCUUGGCUCGGAUCAAGCGUUUCCUGCUCACGCAGCGCUCGUUCAAAGAAGUCGGCAUUGACAUGAACGACAACUACAGCUCCAUCAACCCAGUCUACGACAUCGAGCCCAUCGAGAAGAUCACGGAUGCCUACCUUGACCAGUAUCUGUGGUAUCAAGCUGAUCAGCGACGACUGUUCCCACCUUGGAUCAAGCCUUCGGAUUCUGAAGUUCCGCCGCUUCUUACCUACAAGUGGGCGCAAGGCAUCAACAACUUAUCGAAUGUCUGGAGUGUGGACGAAGGCGAGUGCAACGUUAUGCUCGAGACCAGACUCGACAAGGUCUACGAGAAGAUGGACAUCACCCUCCUCAAUCGGCUGCUGCGCUUGAUCAUGGACCACAAUCUUGCAGACUACAUCUCAAGCAAGAACAACGUCCAGCUCAACUACAAAGACAUGAACCACACGAACGCCUACGGUAUGAUUCGUGGCCUUCAGUUCAGCGCCUUCGUGUUCCAGUACUACGGCUUGAUUAUUGAUCUGCUGUUGCUUGGACUCCAACGUGCUUCGGAAAUGGCAGGCCCACCAAACGCGCCAAACGACUUCUUGCAGUUCAGAGAUAGGGCUACAGAGUCCAGACACCCCAUCCGACUGUACACCCGGUACAUCGACAAGAUCUGGAUCUUCUUCCGCUUCACUGCGGACGAGUCAAGGGAUCUCAUCCAGCGCUUCCUCACUGAGCAGCCUGACCCGAACUUCGAGAACGUUAUCGGCUACAAGAACAAGAAGUGCUGGCCUCGCGACUCUCGCAUGAGGCUGAUGAGGCACGACGUCAAUCUGGGACGUGCAGUCUUCUGGGACAUGAAGAAUCGUCUCCCUCGCAGCAUCACGACUGUCGAGUGGGACGACACAUUCGCCAGCGUCUACAGCCGAGACAACCCCAACUUGCUCUUCGCCAUGAACGGAUUCGAAGUUCGUAUUCUGCCAAAGUGUAGGAACAUGAACGAUGAAUUCCCAACCAAGGACUCAGUGUGGGCGCUCGUUGACAACCAGACCAAGGAGCGAACGGCGCAUGCUUUCUUGCAGGUCACAGAAGAGGACAUCGCCAAGUUCAACAACCGCAUCCGACAGAUUCUGAUGAGUUCUGGCAGCACCACCUUCACCAAGAUCGCCAACAAGUGGAACACCACUCUUAUUGCACUCUUCACUUACUAUCGUGAGGCUGCUGUCAGCACAGUCAAUCUGCUCGAUACGAUCGUCAAGUGCGAGACCAAGAUACAGACUCGAGUGAAGAUUGGCUUGAACUCGAAGAUGCCUUCCCGUUUCCCACCCGCCGUCUUCUACACGCCAAAGGAACUCGGUGGUCUUGGUAUGAUCUCUGGAUCGCACAUUCUCAUCCCAGCAUCCGACAAGCGAUGGAGCAAACAGACUGACAGUGGUGUCUCUCACUUCCGUGCCGGUAUGAGCCACGACGAGGAGACGCUCAUCCCCAACAUCUUCCGAUACAUCAUUCCAUGGGAGGCGGAAUUCAUCGACUCGCAACGUGUCUGGACCGAGUACUCACAGAAGCGUUUGGAAGCUAACCAGCAGAACCGACGAUUGACACUGGAAGAUCUCGAGGACUCGUGGGAUCGUGGUUUACCCAGAAUCAAUACGCUCUUCCAGAAGGAUCGCUCUACGCUCUCCUUCGACAAGGGUUUCAGAGCUAGGACCGAGUUCAAGCUGUACCAGCACAUGAAGAGCAAUCCCUUCUGGUGGACUUCGCAGCGACAUGACGGCAAACUGUGGCAACUCAAUGCCUAUCGUACAGACGUUAUCCAGGCACUUGGCGGUGUCGAGACCAUUCUCGAGCACACUCUCUUCAAGGCAACAGCAUUCCCAAGCUGGGAAGGCUUGUUCUGGGAGAAAGCCUCCGGUUUCGAAGAGAGCAUGAAGUUCAAGAAGCUCACAAACGCCCAGCGGUCUGGUCUGAACCAGAUCCCCAACCGUCGAUUCACCCUCUGGUGGAGUCCUACCAUCAACCGUGCCAACGUCUACGUCGGUUUCCAGGUCCAGCUUGACUUGACUGGUAUCUUCCUUCACGGAAAGAUUCCCACCCUCAAGAUCUCGCUGAUUCAGAUCUUCCGUGCCCAUUUGUGGCAGAAGAUCCACGAGUCGGUUGUCAUGGAUUUGUGUCAAGUGUUCGAUCAAGAGCUUGAAGCUCUUGGAAUUGAGACUGUCCAGAAGGAGACGAUCCAUCCGAGAAAGAGUUACAAGAUGAACUCUUCGUGCGCUGACAUCCUGCUCUUCGCCUCGCACAAGUGGAGCGUGAGCAACCCAAGCUUGCUCUACGACACCAAGGACAACAUGGGCUUGACGACGACGAACAAGUUCUGGAUCGAUGUGCAGCUUCGCUACGGAGAUUACGAUUCCCACGACAUUGAGCGAUACGUUCGUGCGAAGUACCUUGACUACACCACCGAUAGCCAGUCGAUCUACCCAUCGGCGACCGGUCUCAUGGUCGGUAUCGAUCUGGCGUACAACCUGUACUCUGCCUAUGGUCAGUACUUCCCUGGUCUCAAGCAGCUGGUGCAGCAGGCCAUGGCCAAGAUCAUGAAAGCCAACCCUGCUUUGUACGUGCUGCGCGAGCGUAUUCGAAAGGGUCUGCAGCUCUACGCAUCUGAAAGCAACCAGGAGUUCCUCAACUCUCAGAACUACUCUGAGCUGUUCAGCAACCAGAUCCAACUCUUUAUUGACGACACCAACGUCUACCGAGUCACCAUUCACAAGACGUUCGAAGGCAACUUGACGACGAAGCCCAUCAACGGCGCCAUCUUCAUCUUCAACCCGAGAACUGGCCAGCUCUUCCUCAAGAUUAUUCAUACGAGCGUUUGGGCGGGUCAGAAGCGUCUGGGUCAGCUCGCCAAGUGGAAGACGGCCGAAGAAGUGGCAGCACUCAUUCGUUCCUUGCCGGUUGAAGAGCAGCCCAAGCAGCUCAUCGUCACGAGAAAAGGUCUGCUCGAUCCGCUUGAAGUGCACUUGCUGGACUUCCCCAACAUCAGCAUCCGCGCGUCUGAGCUUCAACUCCCAUUCCAGGCUGCGAUGAAAGUGGAGAAGCUUGGAGACAUGAUUCUGCGUGCGACCGAGCCUCAGAUGGUGCUGUUCAACCUCUACGACGAGUGGCUGAAGAGCAUCUCCUCGUACACUGCCUUCUCUCGUCUGAUUUUGAUUCUGCGCGCACUGCACGUCAACCAGGACAAGACGAAGUUGCUGCUGCGACCGGACAAGACUGUCAUCACACAGGAGCAUCACAUUUGGCCUACUCUAUCAGACGACGACUGGGUCAAGGUCGAAGUGCAGCUUCGUGAUCUCAUCUUGAAUGACUACGGCAAGAAGAACAAUGUCAACACCUCGUCGCUCACGAACAGUGAGAUUCGAGACAUCAUUCUUGGUAUGGAGAUCAGUGCUCCAAGCAUGCAGAGACAGCAGGCCGCCGAAAUUGAGAAGCAGCAACAAGAUCAGCAGCAGCUCACUGCCGUCACGACCAAGACGCAGAACGUGCAAGGCGAAGACAUGAUCGUCACGACCACUUCAGCGUACGAGCAGCAGAGCUUCGCUUCCAAGACCGAGUGGCGGACCCGAGCCAUUGCGACAAGCAACCUGCGCACGAGAGCCAACAACAUCUACAUCUCGUCUGAAGAUAUCCGUGACGACGAGCAUCACUUCACAUACGUCAUGCCGAAGAACAUCCUUAAGCGCUUCAUCGCCGUGGCAGAUUUGCGUGUACAGGUGGCUGGAUAUCUUUACGGUGUCAGUCCACCUGACAACAAGCAGGUCAAGGAGAUCAAGUGUAUCGUCAUGGUACCACAGGUUGGCAGCACUCGCGACAUUCAGCUUCCACGCAACCUGCCAGAGAAUGAGAUGUUGAAUGGACUUGAGCCUCUGGGUGUCCUUCAUACUUCUGCUGGAAACGAGACGAAGUACAUGACUGCUCAGGAUGUCACCCAGCACGCCAAGCUGAUGGCCGCACAUCCAACCUGGGAUCGCAAGACUGUGACCAUGACCGUCAACUUCACGCCAGGAUCCGUCUCGUUGUCUGCCUGGUCCCUCACACCCAACGGCUACCAGUGGGGCGCCGAGAACAAGGACCUCUCCUCCGACCAGCCCGCCGGCUUCUCCACCAACAUGGGCGAGAAGUGCCAGCUGCUGCUGUCCGACAAGAUUCGCGGCUACUUCCUCGUCCCCGAAGACGAGCGCUGGAACUGGAGCUUCCUGGGCAGCGGCUUCGGCGAUCGCGAGAAGGGCCGUGUGUACGUGAACGUGGGUGUGCCUCGGCGCUUCUACGACGACGUGCACCGUCCGAUUCAUUUCCAGAACUUUGCGGAGUUGGAGGAUGUUUGGGUCGAUCGGAGCGAUAAUUUGGCUUAG